AUGCCUGCUGAGUUACUGUCGACAAUUUCCCGUUGGUAUGCAGAAUUCAAACGUGGACGGGUGAAUCUUAGCGACGAUCCCAGGGUGGGUGCACCAAAAACGGCAGUCACCCAGGAAAACGUCGAUGCUGUGCACAAACUCAUCAUUGAAGAUAGACAUGUGACAUAUCGCGAGAUUGAGGCGUCCUUGAAGAUAAAGUUAGUUUCUCGUUGGAUACCCCACCUGUUGACUGAAGAGCAGAAAGCAGCCAGGGUUAAUUGGUGUCAAAAAACGCUUGACCUUUUCAAUUCCGGACACUCAAAAAAUGUGUACAGCAUUUCGGCUGUUUGGGUGUUCCAAGGUGAAGAAAAUCCAACAAAAGUCAUCCGUUCUCGAAAUGUUUCGAAAAAGGUGGUCGCGACAUUUCAAAGCACUGUUACUGUGGAUUGGUAUACCACCAUUUGUUUGCCAAAAGUCAUCACCGAGCUUCGAAAAGUCAACCCCGAAGGAAGAAUCAUCCUCCACCAAGAGAAUGCAAGCUCGCACACAGCCCAAAAAACAAGGCAGUAUUUAACGGAAGAAAACGUGGAAAUAUUGGACCAACCUCCAUAUAGUCCCGAUCUAAGUCCUAACGAUUUCUUUACUUUCCCAAAAAUUAAAAACAGACUGCGUGGUCAAAGGUUCCAGUCACCAGAAGAAGCAGUUGACGCAUUCAAAAAUGCCGUUUUCGAUCUGCCAGCAAACGAGUGGAAUAAGUGCUUCGAAAAUUGGUUCGGGCCCAUGCAGAUGUGCAUUAAUCUUCGUGGAGAAUACUUCGAAAAACAAUAAAGUCAUUUGAAACUA